CUGCCCACUCUUCUCGUAGUCAUCUGUCUGUGCCUGUGUGCGUCUUGGAGCUGGAAUUUUGUGAGUGGAAAGGCCACUGUUACUUUCACAGUUGGCGUCAAGUCGAAUGAGAGUGACCCUCUGACAUUCUACUGUGUCGGUCAGACAGCGCGCAUCGGAAAAGGGCCGAACCGUUACCGAACGAACGCAGUCAAAAGGAAUAGGUAUUGGGGAUUUUAGACGGGGUAGUAGUGAGUGUAUGAGAUAUUAUUGAAUCUUUUAAGUUUAUUAUUCCACUUUUGAUAUACAAUUAUCAGUUAUCGAUUGAUAGGCUAACUGUUGGGGCACUUUAGGCGUCUGGAUUUUCGGAAUCAACAAUUGUUUUCUGCGUUUGGAUUAUUAUUAUUUUUAUUUUCCUGGGAAAUGGCAAGUUCUUAUUCUGCGAGAGAAACACGACUUUCCGAGGAAAGAGGAAACAGCAGCUGAAUAGGCUACUAAAGGAUGCUGGCAACCUGAAGCUGUCAGACACAUUUAUCCUACAUUUCUGAGACAUUUGUUGUUUUGCUUUGAGGACUAUAAAACCGUGGAAAUAUCAAAGUUUAUUUUUUAUCUUUUUCUUUUUUUUUUACAGAUUUGUGUAUUUUACAGUCCAAUGAUGUAUUGUGGAUUUAUACUGUUAUUUUCAACCCAACUCAUUGUUGUGGCUUCAUUGAUUCAAAGCGUUGCAGAUAAAUGUGGAGAUAACAUUGAGAUAACCAAUGCAGAUUAUCUCACCUCGACUGGCUAUCCGAACUCAUACCCUCCAUCACAGCAAUGUAUGUGGGUGAUAUCAGCCCCAGAACCGGGCCAGAAGAUACUCAUCAACUUUAACCCACAUUUUGAUCUGGAGGACCGAGAAUGCAAGUAUGACUAUGUGGAGGUGUUUAACGGUGGGGACGAGAAGGCUCCAACCCUGGGGAAGUUCUGUGGGAAGAUCGCCCCCUCCCCUAUCAUCUCAAGCGGCAGCCAGCUUCUCAUCAAGUUUGUGUCCGACUACGAAACCCACGGGGCUGGAUUCUCCGUACGUUACGAGGUCUUCAAGACAGGGCCUGAGUGCUCCAGAAACUUCACCUCAUCCAAGGGCGUAAUAAAGACGCCAGGCUUCCCAGACAAGUACCCCAACAACCUGGACUGCACCUUCAUGGUCAUCGCCCCCAAGAUGUCCGAGAUCGUGGUGGACUUCGACGCGUUCGACAUGGAGCCUGACACCGCCCCUCCACCCGGGGCACUGUGUCGCUACGACUGGCUGGAGAUCUGGGACGGGUUCCCUGCAGUGGGUCCCCACAUCGGGCGGUACUGUGGUAACAGCAGUCCUGGACGGGUCAUCUCCUACACUGGGAUCCUGUCUAUGACCAUCAACACUGACAACGCCAUCGCCAGAGAGGGCUUCUCAGCCAAUUACACUGUCAGAGAGAAGAGCCUGCCACAGGGACAGACACCAGAGGACUUUAAGUGUGUGGAGGGCCUGGGGAUGGAGUCAGGGGCGAUCACCUCGGAUCAGAUCACUGCCUCCUCUCAGUACAACUCUAACUGGUCUCCUGAGCGCUCCAGACUCAACUACAAAGAGAAUGGCUGGACCCCCUCUGAAGACUCCAGCAGAGAGUGGAUUCAGGUGGACCUAGGAUUUCUCCGCUUUGUCUCAGCCGUGGGAACACAGGGUGCCAUCUCCAAGGAAACCAAGAAGGAGUACUUUGUCCGCUCCUACAAAGUGGAUGUGAGCUCCAAUGGAGAGGACUGGGUCACAAUAAAGGAGGGAUCAAAGCAGAAGAUUUUCCAGGGGAACCACAACCCUACAGAUGUGGCCAGGUCGUUCCUGCCCAAGCAGACUCUGGCGCGCUACGUCCGCAUCAGACCCAUGUCCUGGGAGAUAGGCAUAUGCAUGCGCUUCGAGGUUUACGGCUGCAAGACCUCAGACUACCCCUGUUCAGGCAUGCUGGGGAUGGUCUCCGGACAGAUCUCAGACGCCCAGGUCACUGCGUCGUCGCACGCGGAGCGUGGCUGGGUACCGGAGAACGCCAGGUUGCUAACAGGGAGGUCGGGAUGGACCCAGCAACAGACCAGACAGCCCUUCAGGAACGAGUGGCUGCAGGUGGACCUGGGCCAGGACAAGCUGGUCAGCGGCCUGGUUAUCCAGGGAGGACACCACAGAGACAAGAAUGUGUUCAUGAAGAGGUUCAAGGUGGGUUACAGCAGCAACGGCUCUGACUGGACCAUGGUGAAUGAAGACAACGAUGCCAAGCCUAAGAUCUUCAUUGGGAACCAGAACCAUGACACCCCAGAGCUGCGUACGCUGGGCCCUCUGCUUACUCGCUUCCUCAGGGUUUACCCAGAGAGAGCCACCCCCGAGGGCCUGGGCCUCAGACUGGAGCUGCUGGGCUGUGAGAUCCAGGAGCCCACAACUGUCCCGCCGACCACGCCUGUAGCGAUCACGUUUGCUGUGACUACGUUCGCUGCCACCACGACCGCGUCUGUGACCAAGCCCGCGCCGACGUCAGAAGAGUGUGACGACGAGCAGGCCAGCUGUCACAGUGGAACAGGAACAGGAGCAGGAGGGGAGGACUACGACCCAACAGGUGACACCACAGUGGCAGACCCUAUCAUAGAGGGAGACCGCAUACCAGAGUACCUGUGGUUCGCGUGUGACUUUGGCUGGGCGGACAACCCAUCGUUCUGCGGCUGGACACUGGAGACGGAUGCUGGUGCUGGGUGGAUGAUACAUACCAGUGGGACCCCUACAGUCCACAGAGGACCCAACCUAGAUCACACAGGAGGUCCAGGAAAUUUCAUCUACAUGCUGCUGGCUACUGAGACCGAAAGGAAGGAGGAAGAGUCAGAGGAGGAGAGGAUGGAGGAGAGGGUGGCACGCCUAGCCAGCCUGCCCGUCACCGCCCCUGACGCAGACCUGUGUGUGUCCUUCUGGUACCACAUGUUCGGGGAGCACGCCGGCACCCUGCACAUCAAACAGAACAAGGAGACAGAGGAGGGACGGACUGAGGCACUGCUCUGGACUGUCAGUGGACACCAGGGCAGCCUAUGGAGGGAGGGACGAGUGCUGGUGCCCCACUCUAACAAACCCUAUAAGGUGGUGAUUGAGGGAGUGGGAGACAGGAGCACAGGACAUAUCGCGCUGGACAAUAUCAAGAUCCUGGAUGGACUCACAACAGAGGAGUGUAAGGAUCCAGAUAUACGCGAGGCUCCUACGUCCCAGCCAACAGAGAUCUGCAUAUACCCAAUAGACCCGUACUACCCAGCGGUAGUGGAGAACAGUGAGCUGGGUGGCCCAGGCAACAUGCUGAAAACCCUGGACCCCAUCCUCAUCACCAUCAUCGCUAUGAGCGCUCUGGGGGUCUUGCUGGGGGCUAUCUGUGGUGUCGUCCUCUACUGUGCCUGCUCACACGGCCACAUGUCCGACAGCAGGAACUUGUCGGCUCUGGAGAACUAUAACUUUGAGCUGGUGGACGGAGUCAAGCUAAAGAAGGACAGCAAGCUGAAUGCACAGAACAGCUACUCAGAGGCGUAAGCUAAAGGCGUGAGCUUCCUCUGAGGGAAGGAAGCACAAGCAGCCUCAUAGCUGGAGGAACUAGACCACCGGACGGAGGGUUGGGACCCUAAUGGCACCGUAUUCCAUAUAAUACUGUACUAUGUAGGGGAUAGGGUGCCCUGUAGUGCACUAUGUAGGGGAUAGGGUGCCAUUUUGGACGCAGUCAGCCGUAGAGAUGAUAGGAGGUUGUGACCGAGUCGUGAUAUUCUCAGGGGCUGCAGUGAAAGGAAUUUACCAGUAGGGGGCACUGUGUAUAAAGAAAAUGUGUACAGCAAAAAGGAUUAUUUAGUUUUUUGGAUGUUUUGUGACGUGCUUUGUUUUUAUGUAAUCAGAUGCUGGUGUUGAGACCAAUUAAUAUGAAAGUAUUUAUCAUGUUUUUGUUAUUUUUCUUCUGAAAAUAUAUGAUUUUUCAUUUUUCUCUGAAGUCAAUACUGUUUCACAGAAAGAAAGAGCAUAAAAACUUUGAUUCACUAUCCUGGCGUGCUGCUGGCUAUUCAGCUGGCCAUGUUAUGUUUCUGUUGUAUGUCGGCAUCGAUGUGUGUGUGUGUGUGUGUGUGUGUGUGUGUGUGUGUGUGUGUGCGUGUGCGUGUGCGCGUGUGCGUGUGUGUGUGUGUGUCCAGAGGGGUGCUUGCCCUGGCCCUAGACCUGUGUCUAGUUCCGACAGUGCCUUUUGAAAGUUUGUGUUGCCUUUCUCUACUGAUUCUGUUCAUAGCAGUACAUAGGCAUCCACUGGUAGAGUCUGAUUCUGUUCUGAUCACAGCAGUACAUAGGCAUCCACUGGUAGAGUCUGAUUCUGUUCUGAUCACAGCAGUACAUAGGCAUCCACUGAUAGAGUCUGAUUCGGUUCUGAUCACAGCAGUACAUAGGCAUCCACUGGUAGAGUCUGAUGCUGUUCUGAUCAGAGCAGUACAUAGGCAUCCACUGGUAGAGUCUGAUGCUGUUCUGAUCAGAGCAGUACAUAGGCAUCCACUGGUAGAGUCUGAUGCUGUUCUGAUCAGAGCAGUACAUAGGCAUCCACUGGUAGAGUCUGAUGCUGUUCUGUUCAUAGCAGUACAUAGGCAUCCACUGGUAGUCUGAUUCGGUUCUGAUCAGAGCAGUACAUAGGCAUCCACUGAUAGAGUCUGAUUCGGUUCUGAUCACAGCAGUACAUAGGCAUACACUGAUAGAGUCUGAUUCGGUUCUGAUCACAGCAGUACAUAGGCAUCCACUGGUAGAGUCUGAUUCUGUUCUGAUCAGAGCGGUACAUAGGCAUCCACUGGUAGAGUCUGAUUCUGUUCUGAUCACAGCAGUACAUAGGCAUCCACUGGUAGAGUCUGAUUCGGUUCUGAUCACAGCAGUACAUAGGCAUCCACUGGUAGAGUCUGAUUCUGUUCUGAUCACAGCAGUACAUAGGCAUCCACUGGUAGAGUCUGAUUCUGUUCUGAUCAGAGCAGUACAUAGGCAUCCACUGGUAGAGUCUGAUUCUGUUCUGAUCAGAGCAGUACAUAGGCAUCCACUGAUAGAGUCUGAUUCGGUUCUGAUCACAGCAGUACAUAGGCAUCCACUGGUAGAGUCUGAUUCUGUUCUGAUCACAGCAGUACAUAGGCAUCCACUGGUAGAGUCUGAUUCUGUUCUGAUCAGAGCAGUACAUAGGCAUCCACUGGUAGAGUCUGAUUCUGUUCUGAUCAGAGCAGUACAUAGGCAUCCACUGGUAGAGUCUGAUUCUGUUCUGAUCAGAGCAGUACAUAGGCAUCCACUGAUAGAGUCUGAUUCUGUUCUGAUCAGAGCAGUACAUAGGCAUCCAUCGGUAGAGUCUGAUUCUGUUCUGAUCACAGCAGUACAUAGGCAUCCACUGGUAGAGUCUGAUUCUGUUCUGAUCAGAGCAGUACAUAGGCAUCCACUGGUAGAGUCUGAUUCUGUUCUGAUCACAGCAGUACAUAGGCAUCCACUGGUAGAGUCUGAUUCUGUUCUGAUCAGAGCAGUACAUAGGCAUCCACUGGUAGAGUCUGAUUCUGUUCUGAUCAGAGCAGUACAUAGGCAUCCACUGAUAGAGUCUGAUUCGGUUCUGAUCACAGCAGUACAUAGGCAUCCACUGGUAGAGUCUGAUUCUGUUCUGAUCACAGCAGUACAUAGGCAUCCACUGGUAGAGUCUGAUUCUGUUCUGAUCAGAGCAGUACAUAGGCAUCCACUGGUAGAGUCUGAUUCUGUUCUGAUCAGAGCAGUACAUAGGCAUCCACUGGUAGAGUCUGAUUCUGUUCUGAUCACAGCAGUACAUAGGCAUCCACUGAUAGAGUCUGAUUCUGUUCUGAUCAGAGCAGUACAUAGGCAUCCAUCGGUAGAGUCUGAUUCUGUUCUGAUCACAGCAGUACAUAGGCAUCCACUGGUAGAGUCUGAUUCUGUUCUGAUCAGAGCAGUACAUAGGCAUCCACUGGUAGAGUCUGAUUCUGUAAUGAUCAGAGCAGUACAUAGGCAUCCACUGAUAGAGUCUGAUUCUGUUCUGAUCACAGCAGUACAUAGGCAUCCACUGGUAGAGUCUGAUUCUGUUCUGAUCAGAGCAGUACAUAGGCAUCCACUGGUAGAGUCUGAUUCUGUUCUGUACAUAAUUAUGUAUCAGCAUCGGCUGGUAGAGUCUGAUUCUAUUCCGAUCAUAUGAGUGAGUAGGCAUCAGCUGGUUAGAGUCUGAUUCUGUUCUGAUCAUAGCAGUAAGUAGGCAUCCACUGUUAGAGUCUGAUUCUGUUCUGAUCAUCAUAGCAGUACAUAGGCAUCGGCUGGUGGAGUCAGAUUGGCAGGACUUCAUGCCAUCCCCAUAGUACAUGACACAUCCAACUUAUUGUACAUAGGUUUUAAUAUAUUUGAGCGGCCUUUUAUAUAAAAAAAAAUACAAACUGCUGCAGUAUCCUUUCUUUGUGCUCUCUGUAUCAUAGGUGAUGUUGUCUGGAUGUCCUCAUGUAUUUAAUGGGUAUUUUGUGUUGUUAUGUUCCAUUGGUGCUCUCACAAUGCUGCCUGGGAAAAGAGUGUGUUAUUAUGGCCAAUGGUUAUAUUCGCUGCAAAGGCCUAACAAGAAGAGAGUGAAGAGCCCAUCGGCUGUGUCUGAAAUGACACCCUAUUCCCUAGAGUGCACGACGUGCCCUGAUCAAUAGUCGUGCACUAUAUAGGGAAUAGUGUGGCAUUUGGGACGCAACCAGACAACAGACUGGAGGGGGUGAAGCAUCUCUAGGAGAGAAAAAAAUGCUGCUAUGACAAUACUUGGGCCAGUUUCCCAGACACAGAUUAAGAAUCUCGUUGAGAAUGCUUUUUAGUCCAGGACAAGGCUUAAUCUGGGUUCUGGGGAACUGGCCCUACAUGUCUAUGGUGGAAUGAUGGACCUUGCUAGAAUGAAAGAUACUCUUCUGCCAUGCUGUUUUCAUGUACUGUAGCUUACAUCCUAUGUGCUCUCCUUUUGUCUGUAUUGAACACUAACGUAAAGUGUUCAUGCAAAACAAAGUACUAUAUAAAACGGCAAAAACAUGGAUCCAAGGUUCAAUGAAUGGAUGUGAUGUAGCUAUACCGUUUAUUCCUUCUGCCGGGGUCUAUUUGAGCUUCUAUGUUUCGCCUCUGUCAUGUUUCCUUCAUUCAGGGAACCUAGUUAGACAGAUGCUUCAUGGUUCUGCUUUGAGCUCUUAAUGGUAUUCCAUAUUCCACAGGAUUAGAAUCACUCAAAUUAGAAUGAGUCAUUCCUGUUUCUAUGGGUUCACCUCUCAAAAAUGUAAGGGCCUCAUGUUUUGGUGUGGUCCUCUUCAAUAGGAAAGGAUGCUGCAGCACUAGAUGUGAAAACAAUGUUGCACUGAUAUAUUUAAAAGAACUUUGUGUUGUUUAUGAUAUUGUUUUGUGAAAAAAAAAAUAGAGAGAGAGAGAAAGCGAGAGAAGGCUAAGACAGUGUUACAGAUAACUAUUUUAUAUGGUUUCAGAUGACAUGAUAUAAUUCUGAAAUGUACAAUUAUGGAGAUGUUUUUCAUUAUUGAAAAAGCUAUACACGUCUCUUUACUUACGUAAUGUUUAUAUUUAGUUGGUAUGUUAUAUCACCUUGUGUUUUUGUACUGUCACAAAUGUCUGUGCCAUUUUUUUCUACAAAAUGUUUUUUUUUUCUUCAAUACUGCUAAAUGUAAUUUGCCAUCCCAGAUAUAAAAAAAAAGAAAGAAAAAAUGAUUAAGCAGUUAAGGCCUUAUUGACUGAGGUAAUUAUGUUUCUAUACUUGGACCCAAAUGUCCGAAUUCCCUAUACUGUGCAAUACCUUUGUCCUGGGCCCAUAGGGCUCUGGUCAAAUGUAGUGCACUAUGUAGAGAAUAGGGUGCUAUUUGACUCCCUGGUCAGCUUCAAGACCUACGUAGUUUCUGACUGAUCAAUGACUACUACAUUCCAAAGAAUUGGAUCAAAUAAAUGUUUGAAUAAGA